AUGAGUAGGCGAGUGGGCUUGACCGCCAACGCUCCAGGCUUGCUCAAGACUGUAGGCAAUCGCCCGCGACAGGUGCAGAAACCUCCCGUUACCGACGAUGCUCCGCCGCUGUCCACAGAUGAAGAAGAUGAUACGUUUAGCGAGGGGACGGUUCAGGCUGCUAAGGGCAGCGACCGAGCCGCCUCUCCCAGGCGCAAAGCGUCACACCGGCCGCUAUCACCGAUCGACAGCGACUCCGAUACCUCGGCGGAUGAAAGAUCACGGCGGGCAGCCAUCAAGCCGACAGCGUUCUCUUCCAAGAACAGAAAAGAGAAAAAUACAUUCACCAAGCGAAGAAGGAUAUCAGAGAGCCCGGAACGCGAGAGUCCAAACCACAAGGGGAAGCUGAAGCCGGGCAACCAUCUUCAGGACAAAUGGGGCUUUACAGGCCAAAAGCAAACCAAAGCUACCUACGGGAAGCGAGCAAGAGGCUCGCAAAGUAGUCAGCCGGGCUCGUCACAAGGCAGCAACAAACAGCUUCGCGUACCGAGCUCAAUAGAGAGCCCGCAGAAGAAGAAAUCCUCCAAGUUUAUUAUGCCGGACAAGAAAUUGCUGUCGUCGCCCGGCAGCUCUCCAAAGAAACUGUUGACGGAUUUGAACGGUACGGCGGAUAGCGAGGACGAGGAUAGCAUUCUUGCUUCGUUGAAAAAUUAUAAAAAGAAGACCAAGAAGGGAAAAAAGAAGGCGUCCCCGCCGUCAUCACCACCGCCAGCGGUGUUCAAACUACCACAAAACUUUCUGGACAAAUCGCCGGGUGGACAAGUACCUAUACGUGGAGACGUGGAAGACUUGCCCAAGCUCUCAUCCGAUGAAGACGACGAUGACGACGUGCCCAAGCUCAAAAUACCAGAAGAGUACCACGAGCCGCCGGCCACAAAAUGCCCCUGGUGCGGCGAAGAGGUCGACAAGGCCUUCCUCGACGACUUCAGCAAGGGCAAGCGCCUCAACGUGCGCAUGCAGACGCGCUUCUGCCAGCUCCACAAGCAGCGCACCGCCGCGCAGACGUGGAAGGACCUCGACUACCCCGACAUUGACUGGGACGGCAUCGAGACGCGCUUCGCCGCGCACCGCGACCACCUGCUCGCCAUUGUCGAGGGCCGCGGCUCGCACUUUCGCAACAUCCACGCCAGGAACAUCGAGGAGGGCCGCGCGCGGUCGAUGAAGCGUGAGGAGAGCUUCAACCCGGGCUACUACGGCCCGCGCGGCUUCAACGCCAUGUGCGACUACCUGGUUGGCGAGUUCAGCGGCGCGCUGAAGAGGCGCGCUGUCGACGACAGGGUCAUCGCGGGACGCGGCUCCGCGGCCUUCAUCCAGGCCGUGCUGGUGGCGGAGCUGGGCGUGCGGCUCAUCAAGGACGACAUGAAGCUGUCCGAGACCAAGGCGAGGCAGCUCAUGGAGGACAGCAAGGUCCUGGGAGAGCUUGUACAACCAGAAAUAGAAAGGUAG